AUGCAAAGAAUUAAGAGCCCACCACUAGAUUCUGAUUCAAACGAUUGGGAGCCGGUAGGCCCUGGUACUCCAGAAACCAGUACCGCACCCAAUCGUUCCGACGUCCUAAAAGCACAAAAACCGAAACCUACCAAGCCGAAAGGGCCAUUACCAAAAGGAAUCAAACCUCACCAGCAAGUGUUGUUUCAAAGUGAAUCUAUAUGCUUCAAGAAAGGCCUAGAAUCGCCAGUCGAUGUGCCUAAAGAAGACAAACCCCCUCUUGCAGCAGCCGGGAAGUUCUUCGAAGAGGACUGCCAGAUACUCUAUUCUGCUGAAUCCCUGUAUCACCACCCUCAAAACGACCAUGUCCCAGAAAUCGUGGUCCUAGGAGCCUCCAAUGCCGGCAAAUCAUCUUUCCUCAACGCCCUCACUGGUGGCGAAGAUAUCGCCAAAGUUAGCCACAAGCCAGGCAAAACCACCACAAUGAAUGCCUAUGGUACAGGGCCAAGGCCGAAAAUUGCCAAAGAGCUUGUUCGCAAGGGAGAUGUGCCGCCGAAACACAGCCUUAUCCUUAUGGAUACACCAGGCUAUGGCUUCAGAAGUCAAGAAGAUUGGGGGAAGACCAUCCUGAAGUAUCUGAAUGUCAGAAAAAUGCUUCGUGGCGCAGUACUUUUGAUGCCAGCCGACAAAAAGCUCCAAGAAACAGACAGAUGGAUGUUAAGAACUCUAGCUCGAUCAAAUACUCGAACUUUGAUUGUCAUCACCAAAGCCGACAAGCCCGGAGAGAGAUGGCAAGAAGCAUGUCGCAACCUCCACGACCAGAUUCAAGACAUCAUAGGCGGGCUUUCAGCUCAUUCAGCUCCAAGCUGGAGGGAAGGGUCUAGCCGUGUACUCGGCGUCUAUGCCACAGCUUCCAAAAUAGCCUUCGUAUCUCGCCGUCUGGGCAAUGGUGGAGGCAUUGGAGGUGUAAGACUGGCAGUUUUGGAAAUGGCUGGCUUCUCUCUAGGCGAGAAAAUCGAGAAGCAAGCUGAGACGAAGGCUUAUUCUGGGAAGGUUGUAUCUUUUGACGAUAUUGUUUGGAAGUCCUGA